CGCUCCCCCAUCGUCACUCCUCGUCGUCCGCUCACCGCGCGCCGGCGAUGGCCACCGCGACGCUGCCUCUCCGCCUCCUCGCCCCCAAAACCCUAGCGCUCCCCUCCGCCCCGUCCCACGCCGCGAGAACCUCGCUCUCGGUCGCCGCCUCCGUGCCGCGCCGCUGGCGGCUCCUCGCUUCCGCCGAGGAUGAGGCGGCGCCCGCGCCGGUGGAGGCGGAGGCGGUGGUGGAGGAGGUGGAGGAGGAGGAGGAGGAGGAUGAGGUUUCGGUUCCGGAGCCCGUAGAGACGCAGCUCGCGGCCGCGGGCGCCGGGAAGGACGCCGACAUCUUCGCCGUUGUCAUGAUUGGGUCGAGACAGUACAUUGUGAUGCCUGGAAGGUACAUAUACACGCAGAGGCUGAAAGGCGCCAAUGUCAAUGACCAGAUAAUACUAAACAAGGUAUUACUAGUAUCAACUCGAGACAAGGCUUACAUCGGCAUGCCAGUGGUGACCAAUGCAGCUGUUCAUGCAGUGGUUGAGGAACAGGGACGGGAUGAUAAAGUGAUUGUCUUCAAAUACAAGAAGAAGAAGAAGUACCAGAGGAAACUUGGUCACAGACAGCCAAACACAAGGUUAAGAAUUACCGGCAUAAGCGGAUACGAGGAAUACCCUGCUGACCCAAUACUUGAGUAUGUUCCAGCUUAAGAGUAAUUGUAAGUUCUGUAGUUUCAAAUGAUUGGUAGUACAUUAGAAUACAAGUGCUACCUUUUCUUGUCUGGAAGGACAGUUUUUGAACAAAAUUUACCUUGUUGAUGUGUUCGAAUGCUACCAGUCAUCCAGCUGUUCCAUCCUUUGUUUAUUCCACCAGCUGUCUUGUUCAUUUCGAAAUUGUGUAUGCUAGCCAAUUGUAUUGUUUUCACUGUGCUUAAAGAGAGAUAAAGUAUUUACCACAAUAUGGAUGUUUUAUCUUUCA